UAUUUUUGUUUUGUUUAACCUUUCUCCUGAGGUGCAUCUGUUGAAAUGCGUAGGAUUCUGAACGUUCAGGCGCAACCCACAGAAUAAAACUGACGGUUCUUAUUUAAGGAAUCUGCGAGGGCCUCAACAGCAUGGACGCCAAGGGAGACUCCAUCAACUUGGAUUUGAGCCAGCUUACUGGCGAGAUUGUUGCUGCCGUAGAUGAGGAGCAAAAGAGCAAGCCUGGACUAUUGCCAACCAGCCCUGCCGCUGCAAAGGAAUGGCUCUCGCAGAAGAAACAGUCCAUUCGUCCGUGGAAGCAGUUCGUCAACUUCAACCGAUUCAGCGUGCCCAAGAACAUCGGCGAUGCAUCCGCCAGAGUUGUGCAGAAUGUGGAGCACUUUCAAAGCAACUACCUCUUCGUCUUCAUUGGCCUCAUCUUGUACUGUAUAUUGACCUCUCCUCUCUUGCUGAUUGCCAUAGUGGCUGGUAUGGGAGGAGCAUACAUCAUUCGCCUGAAAAGUGCUGAGGGCAAAAUCAAACUGUUCAACAAAGAGCUGACUGUGAUCCAGCAGUACUGUAUACUGGGUAUGCUAUGCUUUCCAAUAUUCUACGUGGCCGGAGCUGGAUCAGCUGUCUUCUGGGUCCUAGGUGCCUCUUUCUUCACAAUCAUGCUGCAUGCAACAACGUACGCCAUCGAAGCAUCGCCUCCUGAUGAAACCUUUGAGCUGCAGACAGUGUAAAAUAAAUGCCACCGCAAGAGAGAAAGGAAAGGCAGUUUACCCAUCUUAAUCCGGGCUUCUAAUGUGCAAAGUUCACAAGAUCUUGUAACAGCGAGAUGGGAUGGGUAACGGAAAGAAUUGCGCUAAUAUAUCAAGAUUAAAAAAUUGCUUUUACACCUCGGAGCGUUU